CCCGCCCCUCCCCGGGAGGGGAGGAGAGGAGGCCGCCAUGGCGGGCGGGGGCCUCCCUGCUAAGGACCAUGUCGUGCUCCCCGCCCGGAUCCCCGCGCUCAGGGUGGUGGACUUCAUCGACUUAACCCAGGAGGCGGCGCCGACCACCCAGGCCCCCGACGGGCCGGGGGUGAUCGACCUGACGGGGCCGGACGACGACCACCACCACGACGACCGGGCCGGCCCGCCCGGGUUCCCCCGCGCCAGAGACCCCCGUGCGGCCCCGGGUCCCUCGGGGGCCGCCCCGCGCGUCCAGGAUGAAGAGGGGUGGACAGGCGGCGGCCACCAGGCUCCCGGACGGCCGCCGUCGGGGGUCGGGAAGGACCUCCGUCCCCCGGCCGCAGAGGGGCCGGGGCGUCGCCCCUCUCCGGGGUCCGGCUCGGAGCCGGGCUGCAGCCCCGCUUCGAGGAACGGCGGCGUGGGGUCCCCGGGGCGCCUGCGCCUCGCCUCCGACACCCGCUCCCCGUCGCCGGGGGCCCGCGGGGAGCGGGACGGGGGCGGCCCCGCCGAGCCGUCCGAAGACCCGCCGCCUGCCCCGUUCGCCGGCCCGUCCCGGGCGGAGGAGCCCCCGGCCGGGGCGGCCGGCCCUUCCCCCGCCGGCCGGGCCCACGGCCGGCCCUGUUUGCACAGACUGAAGUAUUUCCAGAGACCCCCGGUGCACCACCUCUUCUUCCAGACCCUCAUCCAGGACAAGGAUGUGCUAGAGAGGCAGGGGGUCCGCCCGGCGGAGCCCAUCCCCCAGCGGAGGCUGAGCAUGAUCGCCAGCACCAUGGAGGAGGACGUCCCCCGGGCCACGCUGCAGCUCCUCAUGGACUUCGUGUCCCCCCAGCACUACCCGCCCGGGGACCUGGUGGCCCACGUCAUCCACAAGAUCCUGCUGGUCACCGACAGCUUGGACCUCCUCAAAGACGCCUACGUGCUGCUCCUGAAGAUCCAGCAGCUGCACCCCGCCAACGUCAACUCGGUGCAGUGGAACUGGGAGAUGCUUCGGUCUGUCAUGGAGGCGCAGGCGCCGCCGCCCCGCCGCCUCUACUUCCUGCGCUACGUGGUGCAGACGCUGCAGGACGACUUCCAGAACGCCCUGCGGCGCCACUGGCAGCAGCUGCAGGGGUCCAUCGUCAGCUCCGUGCUCUCCUGCGACAAGCAGCCGAACAACAUCAGGGACGUGAUCUCCUGGCUGGUCCGGGAAGUGACCGGCAUGGGGACCGACCAGGACCGGGACCAGGACCCCCAGGCCGGCGGCACCUGGCCGAACCCCGCACGCGACGGGCCGGAAGGCAGUCAGCAGGUGGUGUGCUGCCUGCAGCGGAUGCUGUCCAUGGCCGUGGAGGUGGACCGCUCCCCAACCUGCAGCUCCGCCAAGAUCGCCAACAAGAUGUUCGACGCGGUGCUGGCCAUCCCCGAGCGCGGCCAGAGGAAGAUCUUCUUCACCACCAUGGAGAGCCACCUGCUCCGCUGCAAACUGCUAGAGAUGAUGUUCUUUCACAGCUGCAAGGAGCCCACCACCCUGCCCCUGUCCCUGGCUCAGGCCCUGCACUUCCUGGCCAACGCCACGUCGCUGCUCCCCUGCCGGGACGAGGAGGAGAAGUGGCAGAGUUGGGACGAGCUGAUAGAACAUCUGCAAUUACUCCUGAUCAGUUACCAGCACGUUCUAACGGAGCACCUGCGCAGCCCGGUGUCGGAGCGCAAGGAGCUGCUGAUCCGGGAGGCGCGGGGGGCGGCGGCGGCGGAGGACGAGGUGACGCCGCUGGACGUGGAGCUGGGGCUGCAAGCGCUCCGACAGCGCCUGCCAAGCGCGCCCGGAGCCCCGCCCCUGCACCGCGCGCUGCGCCGCCUCGGCCGCCUCUUCCUCGGCUCAUUCCGGGCCGGGCCCUGA